UCAUGUUCCCACCUGUAGAGUGGGAGUCAAAACAAAAAUGUCCAAGAAAGUCCCUGACUUCUCUGCGCAACGCUAAACAGAAACACAAUCUGCCUUUAAAUUAACAAAAAAUAUUUUUUUCUAGAUAAACUUUAACCAUUUCUACAUUAGCUUCCUUUCUGUUAUAUAAAUCAUGGAGAUUGAAACGUUUCGCUCUUUUUACGACUUGUUUUGGUCCGUUUUUGUGGCAUAGCUGGCUAGCUAACGGUUCAUAUCUGUUAGCUUAGCGCUGGUCUUCCAAGCAAGAAAUCCAGCAUCUUAGAGCCUGAGGAACAACGGGAGUUUCAGGUUUUACUCUCUGUUUUCUGAAAAAAGCCACCCAUUCAAAAUGUCAAUCCUGGGAUUAAAGAAGAAACAGCCAAAGACUUUCAAAGUCAAAGUCAUCACAAUGGAUGCUGAAAUGGAAUUCAGCUGCGAGGUAAAGUGGAAAGGUAAAGAUCUGUUUGACCUGGUGUGUCGCACCGUUGGUUUAAGGGAGACCUGGUUCUUUGGACUCAGAUACACUGUGAAAGAUACUUAUGCCUGGCUGAAACCGGAGAAACAAGUCCUGGACCAGGAGGUUCCCAAGGACUCUCCAAUAACAUUUCACUUUCUGGCUAAAUUCUUCCCAGAGAAAGUUGAAGAGGAAUUGGUCCAAGAAAUUACCCAGCACCUAUUUUUCUUACAGGUGAAAAAACAGAUUUUAGAUGAAGAAAUAUUUUGUUCCCCAGAGGCAUCUGUACUGCUAGCAUCUUAUGCUGUCCAAGCAAAGUAUGGAGACUAUGAUCCAAAUUUUCACAAACCAGGCUUCCUGGCUCAAGAUGAACUGCUGCCAAAAAGAGUUCUGAUGCAGUACCAAAUGACAGCUGACAUGUGGGAGGAGAAAAUCACAGCUUGGUAUGCUGAGCACAGAGGCAUCGCAAGAGAUGAGGCAGAGAUGGAAUAUUUGAAGAUCGCUCAAGACCUGGAGAUGUAUGGUGUGAGCUAUUUCAACAUUACACAAAAUAAAAAGGAUACUGACCUUUUAUUGGGAGUGGAUGCACAGGGUCUCCACAUUUACAGCCCCAACAGCAAACUCAAUCCUAACAAGUCCUUUCCCUGGAGCGACAUCCGUAAUAUUUCCUACAGUGAAAAAGAGUUCACAAUCAAACCACUGGAUAAGAAAAAAGAUGUCUUCAAGUUCUACUCCUCUCAGCUGCGCGUCAACAAGCUGAUUCUGCAGUUGUGCAUUGGUAACCAUGAUCUGUUCAUGAGGAGAAGGAAGGUAGAUUCUAUCGAAGUGCAGCAGAUGAAGGCUCAGGCUAAAGAGGAGAAGGCCCGCAAGAAGAUGGAACGUCAGAUUCUGGCACGAGAAAAGCAGAUGAGGGAAGAAGCAGAACGAGCCAAAGAAGAAAUGGAACGGAGACUUUUCCAGUUACAGGAUGAGGCUCGACUGGCCAAUGAGGCACUGCUGCGAUCUGAGGAAACUGCAGACCUGUUGGCAGAAAAAGCCCAGAUCGCUGAGGAGGAGGCAAAGCUUUUGGCCCACAAGGCUGCAGAAGCCGAGCAGGAACGACAGAGGUUAGAGGUCACUGCCAUGAAGACCAAGGAGGAGAAGAGGCUGAUGGAGCAGAAGAUGAGGGAGGCAGAGCAGCUGGCUGUGAAACUGGUCGAGCAGUCAGAAAGGAGGUUGAAGGAGGCAGAUCACCUGAAACAAGACCUGACAGAGGCAAAGGAUGCAGAGCGCAGAGCCAAACAGAAGCUGCUGGAGAUCACCAAAACAACAUAUCCGCUAAUAGCGGCUUACUCACCGCCCCCCGCUCCUCCUGAGGCGUCAGACUCUUCAUACGAAUCAAUGCCUUCGCGUCUGGACUUCAAGGACUCUGACAUGAAAAGGUUGUCCAUGGAAAUUGAGAGAGAGAGACUCGAGUAUAUGGAGAAGAGUAAACACCUGCAGGAUCAGCUGAAGGAGCUCAAGUCUGAGAUCGAGUCUCUGAAGCUGGAGGAGCAGCAGCAGCAGGCCAGUGUCUACAGUCUCCACAGUGAGGCGCGGGGUUACGUUCAAGAGCCUGUCUACUUACCUCAUAGCAACCGAAACUCUGCGUACAUGUCUCAGAUGGCAUUUUUCGAAGAGGUGUGACUGUUGUCCGGCAAGAACUGAACGGAGAGACCUCACCGCUGUGAUGCAGUAUUUUGUCAACAUUGUUUUUGUUUUGUUUUCUAAUCAUCCAGAGACUUAAAGAACACACUCCAUGUCCUUCUGUAAUAUGCCACAACAAAUCUCCCAGCAACAGAGACAUCAACCAUGUGUAGUACUCACCACAUUACUGUAUGUGCCACGUGUUAAACCAGUUCCAGGUUCUGGUGCUGAAGAAGGCUGUGAGCCUGAAGAGAACAUGUGCUUGGCUGUAAGGUGCAAGAAGCCAAAAAACCCUUAAGAAGAGUUACCAAUCAGUGCCUUCACAACAUUAACAGACGUUUUAUUUGGAGACUUCUUCCUUUGGUUGAGGAGAAAAAUCAAAGUCAUAUAUAUAUAUUUUAAUAACAUUGACUUUUGCUAAUCUUCAUUUAAACCAGCAAAUUUAUUUUCUCUGACCUGUGUGUAUUAUCAUGUCUUUAACACUAAACACAAAAAUGAUAUAUAUAUAUAUAUAUAUAUAUAUAUAUACACAUCAGUUAAAGUAACCUGCAAGAGACCGAACCACUGUGGACUUUCUUUAAACCUUAAAUAAUUAUUCAGCCCUAAACAAAGGGUUACUUUUCUCGUGUGAUGACUCCAUAAAAUUUCAAAUGCAGUUUUUGAGGGUUUUUUUCCUUUGAAUUUAAAAAUAUUGUCACACAGUUCAUCAAGUGCCUUUAAGAGCUUGAUGGCGACAGUGGACGUAGACGUAGUUUAUAUUCUAAAGCUCGUGCUCUGCCAUUUCAACUGUUUUGUAUAUUUUCUGAACUCUUGAGGUGCUCUGAAUUUCUCAUUUACCAUUUUACUUUGUAGUGCUUCUUUUAACCUGCGCUCAUGUGACUAGGCGGUUGGAUUUGAAAUCAUUAACUCCACAAAAAAAACCAACAACAAAUAGAUAAUGUUGUGGUUUUUUUUUUUUAAUAUAUGUACUCUUUUUUUUUUCUCAGGGCCGUUGUUGGAGACAAUCACUGCAGACUCGGUGUUUUCCCCCCUGAGAUAACCCUUACUUCCCACCUUGUUUAGAUCAAUAAUUACCCUCAUUGUGAAUAACUUAUCGUUAUGUUUUGAAGUUACAGAGUUGGGUCAUGUGAGUGAACCUUUACUAGACUACACUCCUUUUUACAUUCUUAAAAAGGGAGAGGCUCCUCGGCAAAUGCACAGCCAGAGAUUCUACGUGUGUUUAUUUGAAGCAGUGGAUUUGAUACUGACGUUUUCUAUGGACUGAACAGCCAUAACUGAUUGAUUGUUUACUGCAUUUAUGACUUGCUUAUCAAUGCGGUUGAGUAAACGCUCCUGUGCUUAAAUGUUCAAGUGGAAAUAUUUAUAUUUCUUGAUGUGAAAAGAGCUAAAGAAAAAAAAUACAAUUGAAUUUGAAUU